AAACCAAGGGUAUGCAAACUUUUGAGCACAACUGUACAUACCCUGGCAUUUGAUUAAGUUGCAAUCAAAUGGAAUCAUUCCAGAUGACUGCUCAAAGGAAUUAAAUAACUGUUUGUAAAAAAAAAAUUGUUAGUCAAUAUGUUCCUCUAAAAAUAUGACCAAACAUUGCUUUUUUUUGUAAAAAAAUUUCCCUUAAGCUGUGAGCUUCCACCAAACUGUUUUCAAGGGCCUGGGCUCCACUAUGCUUUUGGACGGCUUUUAAUUCCUUUGAGCAGUCAUCUGGAACCCAAAAUCAACCAGGUUUAAAUGCACUAAGCCGAAAUUGCAUUACCUUUUAGUUAACCAAUUCAUUACUUGAUGGAUUCAACAUAAAAUAGUCGGACAGGUGAAAAAGGUUCCAGUCAGGUCUACGUUCUGUGAUAUACUUUCUGUAGGCUAUUUAACAAACUAUAACAGCCGAACAUUAGAAUUGGAUUGGUCCCAAGGCAUUAGCCUUAAAUACACAUCACGAAGCAACCACAUUAUCAAGGCAUAUAUCUUCUUCUGAGCGUUCAGACUUGACAUGCAUAGUUUUUCAGCAAGUUCAGCAAAAAUACUUCUGAAACCCUCAAACCUAAAGUACUAGCACGUUCCACCAUUUCCUGAUACUCCAUCAGUCUAUUUACCCUUUUCAAACUCGUUACCACUCCCUCCAUGAUUACUAGCAGGUGUCAAAAACUAGACCUCAGGACUUGAUUUACAAGCAAAUCUGCUAGGUCUAUAAACAUAGGUUUUAACUUCUGGCUUUGAUUCAUGGCCGUUCAGUUCCUCUAAAUUAAACGUUCCUAUUAGUCAUUAUUGGGCUUAACAUUCACAUUUCUUUCUACCACACACACACACACACACACACACACACACACACCGCUUCAAUCAGACUGUUUUCCUGUCUUGCCUGUUCUGUCCAGUCACUUUUAUCAUCUGUAUGUGAUGUUGCUGUGACAUUUCCAUGACUGUGUGUGUGACCUUCACACCUGACACAUCACAGAGGCUUUGAAGAACCCACUGCAGUGACCACAGAGAGCAGAAGGGGAGGCAGGAGGUUAAAAAGGGAGUCGAGGUGCCACUGUCAGGAGCUAUAUGGAGGAGAGGUUGUUCCUGCUUACUGGCUGUACCUAGAAGGGGGAGUGUGUGUGGCUCCAAGGAGGACAGGAUGUCAGGGAAGGUUUGCAGCAGUAACAGUUUGAUCCAGGCACGGAGAACUGUAGAAGAACUACGAGUGGAGGCAAGCAUGGAGAGGAUCAAUAUCUCCAUAGCAGCUGCCCAGCUAGUUCAGUACUGCCAGGAGCACAGUCGCAGUGACCCUCUUCUCACUGGCAUCGCAGCUUCUUCCAACCCCUUCAAGGACAAGAAGACAUGUGUGCUGCUGUAAUCUACACGAAACAGUCAAUGGAAAUACAAUAACUGGUGGCUGAAACAAUAGACUAGUUGAACUGAGUGGUACCACAAAGUUAUGGUUCUUUAAUAAUUUUUCUAAAAUUGCAAAGGAAGGAAAUAUGUUCUUAAUGCGUUAUUGAAUUCAUUUUUUCUAGGAUUAUUUCAUCAAUACAUUAUCCAUCAGUAAACCAACUAUAUUAGAAUCAUUUGAACUCUGUUUAUUUAUUAUUAUUGUAAAGGUUUUUAAUGUUCAGCACCGAAAAACACCAGCAUGAGGCAUAAAAUAAAGAGACUGGAGGCAGCUGA